AUGAGUUCUGAAAAAGAUAUUUCAGACAAAUUAAAUUCUGGAGAACUGAAUUCACUAGCUGAAAUACUGAAAGUAUGUCGCGACGGUGGUGUUCAAACGUCAAGUGAUAAAUCAAAUUCUCCUAAAUCCGAAAAACUUAUAGAUGAACACAACAAAGAAAAUGUUGAUAAACGGAAAUUACAUAGAAGUGAUCAAUUUGAUGAAGAAUCUGUUCAAUUUCGAAGGCGAAGAAAGAGAUCGGCAAAACUUAAAAGGAAGUCACUUGCAGACGUCAUCGUGGUUUGUAGAGCGAACGGUAAGCAAAUAUUUAACGACGUAGCAAAUGUCCCAGAGUCUGAUAAAGCCAAAGUUGAAGAACUGAAGAGAGCUGGUUUAGAUUUCACAGAUCCAAAACGACAUUAUGUUGAUGGAAAACAUAGGGUCAGGUCCAAAACAAGCACGAAUUCUUCGAUCAUCAGCACGCCUGUAAACAGUCGAACACCGCAGAUGGGUACAAACUUUAAAGAUGCACAUGAUCUGAACUCAGACAAUAAUGCGAAAUUAGCAGAGACUGGCCAACUGCAGCAAAACCAAAAUUCAAAAGUUUAUGAAAUGCAGACAAGUUCAAAAGGUGUGUCGUCUGAAGAAUGGAUGCAAAUGCGCCUGCGCAGGCGUUCGAGAAGAAACCAAAGCACCAAACUCGCGCUGGAAGAAGUGAUUAACCAAGACCGAAACAAUCUCGCUAACUCCGGGGGAAGUAGCAUGGCAACAAGCUUUGAAAUAGAUGGGUCACCAAAUUUAAGCGAAGAGAUUCAAAACAAUCAGCAAUCAUCGCCGACAAAAGAGGCAAUGGACAACGGAAAUCAAAACAUUAAAGAAACAUCAGGUAAACAACGGCUUUCGAGGCCUUCAAGCGAAAAAGCAAUCAAUGAAAGUAAGGGUAAUUCCAACAGCCCCAAUGCCAAAAUGGAAGCUGAAAGUGUCAAACGGAAUCAUGCGAUGGAGGGAACAACAAUGGAAAGUAAGGGUAAUUCCAACAGCCCCAAUGCCAAAAUGGAAGCUGAAAGUGUCAAACGGAAUCAUGCGAUGGAGGGAACAACAAUGGAAAGUAAGGGUAAUUCCAACAGCCCCAAUGCCAAAAUGGAAGCUGAAAGUGGCAAACGGAAUCAUGCGAUGGAGGGAACAACAAUGGAAAGUAAGGGUAAUUCCAACAGCCCCAAUGCCAAAAUGGAAGCUGAAAGUGUCAAACGGAAUCAUGCGAUGGAGGGAACAACAAUGGAAAGUAAGGGUAAUUCCAACAGCCCCAAUGCCAAAAUGGAAGCUGAAAGUGGCAAACGGAAUCAUGCGAUGGAGGGAACAACAAUGGAAAGUAAAACGGAGAUUAAUGGGAAACGUACUGCAUUGGAAAAUACAACAGAUACAAAUGACGUGACAAAUAAUAAGCUACAAGUUCAAACCCCUAUAAUUGAAGAAAACUCAGAAGAUAGCGCAAAUAAAAUGAAAGCAGAUACAACGCAGAAUGGCGAUACAACAGUUUCGAGCUUGACAUAUAUCGAGCCACCCGAUAAACAUGAGUACCUAGAUGUAGAUGACCUUCUGAAGUCAGAAAAUAUCUGUAUUUUAGAUGAAAAUACCAAUCAAAUACCAAAAAGUAAACAAGAUGCUGAUGAAGGUCAUACUUUGCAUAACGGCACUGUAGCUAAUGAUGUUGAGAAAAAUAAAAACGAAUCACAAAAUGAAAACCUUGUCAUUGAAAAACUUACAUUAACAGAAGGAAAGUCUACACUCGUUCUGUACAAUGUAAGACCUAAAACAGCAAAUGACAUUGAAGAAAAAGAAAAAGAUAAUGAACCUAAGAAAGCACAAGACGAUAAUUCCAACGUGGCACAUGAGGAAAUUAACAACGAAGCGCCUUUGUAUAUUGAAAGUGUUGCAAAUAUAAAGACAUGUGAUACACCAGUGACUAAUAAGAUCAUGAUAGAUGCACGACCCGCAGUUGAUACACUUGAUAUAUCUGUUUCCCCAUGUUUAGAAGAAAAGAGUAAAAAGGAGCAAAUUAGUGAAAACGAAAACGUUGACGAAAAAAACGGUAAGAAAGAGCGCAAGUUUUUGAAUAUAUCGGAUGAAAAGGGUGUGAUAGAGGAAGUACUUGGUAGCAACGCUGAUCGAAAUACCGCCGAUAACUGUGAAAGUACAAUCUCCGGCCAUGGGGAUGAAGCUAAAAGCCCUAAUUCAAACACUGAAGACAACAAAGUAAAUAAGAUAAUACACAGCCCGAAAAUGGCAAACAGCGCAGCUAAAAAUCCUGUAGACGAAAACGAAAGAAUGUCGUCAACUGAUAUUAUUGGCGAAAGUGAAAAUACGAAGACACUUUUAAGUCUGAAUAACUCUCCAUUCCGUCAGUCUCCAGAUCGAAUUACUAAUGACAGCGAGAAAUCUAGCAAUUCCUCAUAUCGUGCAGAUGAUCAGAGUACGACAUCUCGUGAUAGGUCGAUAAAUAGCAAAGGCACAAUGGACAGACGAAAUGAUACAAAAACACCUAAAUCUUUGUUAGUUUCAGUUCAAGAUAAAACGGAUAGCAUCGCUGACGUGAAAAAAUGCACAAACCAAAAACAAUUAUUAGAAACCGGAUUAAACAUGAAUGGUAGUAAGGACUUGAAAGGCACAUCGCCCGAUCGGCACAUUUUGAGGCAACGAAGAGAUACACUUGACAGUAAUAGUUUGAAAUCUGUAAGUAUAUGUGUUGGAGAAGAUAAGAACUCAAAGAAAUCCACGCCCACUAAGCAACACACACUGCACGAAUACAUCAAAAUCAGAAAACAUGGAAAGGAUGGCAGUCGAACAAAUUCCACUUCCUCAUCCCUAAAGUCUGAAUUACAAGGCCUAAGCCCUGAAGCAAGGACGGUGUUUAUGGCAGAGAAACUAAAGCAAAGUCAUAGGGAGGAAGUAAAGAGUCAAGAUACAUUCAUCGAGGAACUGGCGGGAACAAGAACACAAAUAUGGCAAAUUUACUCCGAUAUACUAAAUACAGAUGAUACAAACCAUACUGAUAAUGAUUCAUCACCUCGUCUCGAUCAAGAAAGAAAUAGCCACGAAUCAAAACAAAUUCAAACUCCACCAUACAAUCACCAAAUUUCACUGGAAGAUGUGAAACCAGGAGCUACAAACAAAAGAAUGAAAGAAGAAACUACAAAUGAAACCGUAAGUCCGGAAAAAAUGAAACAGGAAAGAAAGAUUGAUCAGACAGCAAAUGAUGCGACGGAUCGUCACAGAAACAUGCAAACUACAGUAGAAUCUAUUGAAUCUAAAAUAUCCAUGCAAAACAAUAAAAACAAUGAAAAUAACGAAGAAAAUGAAACACGAGAAAAACCGAAUAAUCUCGAUAAAGAAGGCAUCCCUACCUUGGCUAAUAUGAGGCAUAUAUCUAGAAUAAAUGAAACACAGAAAUUAGAAAAUGUUGGGGUUGAAAUUGAAAAAGAUGUAUAUACACUUAAGAAAGAUGGACACGAUCAUGAAAACACAAACGAAACACAAAGACCUUCUUUUACUCAACAACAUUUGGGAGAAGAUGCCGAACCCGAAACACCAAUAGAGAUGACUAACCAAUUUAAAGAAAAUUGUAAGGAGCAUGAACAAUUUAAAGCACAGGAAAUGUCGAGCCCGUCUGGAAAAAAACGAAAAAACGAGAAAAAUAAUAUAGAACAAGCAAAACAAGCAGACGAAAUGAACGCUAAUGCACCAAACGACUGUCCAAUGAUAAGAGCACCACAAGAACAUCAAAAUUUAGCAGUGGAACAUAGAGACAUGAUGGAAUUAACGGAAACGUCAAAUAACAAGUCUAGUCCGACAAAAGAUACAAAUGAGAUGGGACGUUCCAACGAAGUAAAGCGAACAAGUCCAACAAAGAACAUUGAAAGACAUAAUGCUCCUCGUACAUCAACUCCACUUGAUACGGAAACACCGGGAGAUACAGAUAUAGAAAAAUACAAAGACACGCACCAUGCAACACAAAAUGCCCGCAAUGAAAACAAUAGUGUAGAAAUGCUAAAGGAUGGGUCGCGCACAGAUGAACAAUUAGUCAAGAACAGAAAUUUAAUUAUGCAUGCUUAUACAUAUAAAGAAAACAAUUUAAAACCAGUGACAGCAGAAAAAAAGAAAAGCAUAAUUCCCCAAAACGACCAAGCAGAGACGGAGAACAAUCAAAAUGUAGAACAAAAACACAGAACAAAUAUUGAGAAAGACUAUACGUGUCAAAACAAUGAGCUACAUCCGAAGUCGCCCACUACUGAAAAUGGAAAUGAUAAACAGUUACGAACACAAAUAUCAAGUCCCGAACAAGAAGAAACACACUUAAAUACGAGUGAAAACAGUGCUGUUAUUGAUGCUAGGCAAGACAACCAGACGGCUGAACAUAAUGACGAUGUUCUAGAAAAUGAGAACAAUGAACAGACUGAUGAACACAUAAAUGCCGUCAAUACCGCAGGUCGAGAAAUAUGUUCAACGUCAAAUGGUAAUGAUAUGACAGUUAUAAACAAAGAAUCAAACGAACAGGAUUCCAAAACAGAUAGACCAACGAAAAUACAUCAACACCACAAGCAUACUGAUAAUAGUAAUGCACACAAAAAAGAAUCUAAGAAACCGUUAGAAAUCGAUAGAACACAAUUGAUUCGAAAGGAAAAAUCUGAAAAAUGUUCGAAGGUCAAACCUUCGAAAAUGAUUUCAGACAAAACAGUGUUAGACAAAGAACAAAGCAGUAAAAACAAUCAAUCGAAAAGUGAAAAAGAAAAUCGAAGUUGUGAUCGAAAACCUACUGAUAUGAAUCCUUAUAAAUAUAAGGUUAAAGCAAUCAAGAAAGGUGCACAUACUAAACUGGACAAUACAUGGGACCCCUCGCAUCCCUUAUUUACAAAAAUACAAAACAGGUUUAAGAGUGAUUCGAAGAUUCCAGAUUCAACACAAAUCUCUAGAGAACUUAAGCGUAUGAGACAAUCGCGCGACACACCCACGAUUCGUCUAAAUAACGAACUCUAUGCGCAUUUGUCUGAAAGCAAUAUUGAUUUGGAAAAUAUAAUACUGAAUAGAAGGAACAUUCAAAAACAUUCAAUAAAAGAAUCUAAAAACGAAUCGCGAACAAAGAAACUCUAUUUACAAACUGGUAAGACGUUGACAAAAAAGAACCCCUCUGAGUUCAGAGCAGACGAUUCUGACAUGACUCCAAGAAACGCACUACCAACUGUUUCUAACCGAACUAAAUCUAAAGAAUGUGAUAGUGAUUACGAAACAGAUCUUGGUGAAGGAUAUUCUGGAAACUCUGAUCACACAGGGCGGACAGAACGUUUGGAAUUGAGAAGUGAAGUACAGGCGGAACGGCAAGAAAGUAAUCGUAUUGAGAACCGAGAAUCAUAUGACACAGAUUCUAAAACCUCUGAAACUCCUGAGGGAAAAGGGUACAGAUUGCGAACUUACAGGCAGACGAAACAGCCUAUCGGUGAGAAAAUAUUCACAGCCGGUCAACUUUCGCCAAAGAUAUUUAGGAAAAGGAAACAAUCACUUGAGUCCAAUACACCUUAUGACUCUGACAUCUCGGAAUCUGAAAGGAUAAAUCGUGUUUCAAUGGCACAAUCAGAUCUGAGUAACAUAUCGUCUUACAGAGAAAAAAGGCAUUCGAAACAGCGGAAACCAAAAGCUAUGGGCGCGUAUGAAAUCAAUAUCGAUGAAAAACAAAAACGCACCCAAAAGCGUUGUAGUCAUGAACAAAAGAAUGGUCGACAAAAUGGUAAAUCUUUGGAAAGAAGAACGAAAUAUAGCAAUGAAAAUCAUAAUGACUGUCCCAUAAAAACAGAAAAGGAGGACGGUAAAGAUUCCGCAGCUUUGUCAAACUCCGAAACAGUCCCAAUAAGUAAAGGUGGGGGCUAUAUUGCAAAUAAACAAAACGAAUCAAGCAUGAGUAUUGCUGUACAAACUGUUCAGUCAAGGAAAAAGUUCUACGAAGCUGAACCAAAUAAAAAGGAAUUCACAAGAGGGCAUAGAAUCAUGAAACUUUUCCAUGAAAUACAGACGAUAAGACAAUCUAAGGAGAGUUGCGUCAGUGCGUCUAAUGACGUCAUAGAUGAGGGAGCAUCCGGUUUUAUUUUGAUCAACUACGACGAAACACUGACAAAAACAAUGUCGAGGCAUCAGACUAACAAGGCGCUGAACAAAUUCCUUUUUGAUGAGGAAAAUUACACUGGGAACCAGUCGAAAGUUACCAGCUUCAGAAGGAAAAUGAGAGCUCUUAACGCGCUGAGACAAAGGGUACACGCGAAAUUUUAA